GUGUGGCUGUGGGUGGGCCCAGGCUUGCCCCCAUCCCUCCCUCUCCAGGCCCAGGGGAGGGAGACCAUGAAGCUACUACUGCUUGCAGGGCUGGGGGCCCUGUUCUUUGCCUACUAUUGGGAUGACCACUUCGACCCAGCCAGCCUCCAGGGAGCUCGGGUGCUACUGACCGGGGCCAGCGCGGGCGUUGGCGAAGAGUUGGCUUAUCACUACGCACGCCUAGGCUCCCAUCUGGUGCUCACGGCCCACACCGAGGCCUUGCUGCAAAGGGUGGUCGGGAACUGCCGCAAGCUGGGAGCGCUCAAAGUUUUCUACAUAGCAGCCGACAUGGCCUCCCCCGAGGCCCCGGGACACGUGGUGCAGUUUGCACUGGACAAGCUAGGCGGGCUGGACUACCUGGUGUUGAACCACAUCGGCGGUCUCCCGGCCGGAACGCGCGUGCGCAGCCCCAAGGCAACCCGCUGGCUGCUGCAGGUGAACUUCCUGAGCUACGUGCAGCUGACGUCACUGGCGCUGCCCAGCCUGACGGACAGCAAGGGCUCCCUGGUGGUGGUGUCCUCGCUGCUGGGCCGCGUGCCCGCGUCCUUCUCGGCCCCCUACUCGGCGGCCAAGUUGGCCCUGGACGGCUUCUUCGGCUCCCUGCGGCGGGAGCUGGGCGUGCAGGACGUGAACGUGGCCAUCACCCAGUGCGUCCUGGGCCUCGGCGACCGCGCUUCGCCCUCCGAGCGCUUCAGGGGCAUCUCCAGAGCCAAGGCGGCCCCGGGACCCAAGGCUGCCCUGGCCGUGAUCCGCGGCGGCGCCACGCGAGCGGCCGGGGUCUUCUACCCGUGGCGCCUGCACCUGCUGUGCCUGCUGCGGGCCUGGUGGCCGCACCCGCGGGCCUCGUGGUUCGUGCGCCAGGAGCUCAACGUCUCGGCUGCAGCUGCGGCCUGAACCGGGGACAGACCCCCGGGGGUCAAGGCGGACCCAGCACCGGGUGGACGCGG